AUGCCGCGCAGUGUCGCUGCCGCUAACGUCGCCCCCCGGACCGAGCCGAACGUGUCGGUCGCUCAUGAAGACGGAUCGCGGUGGAGCGGAGAGCAGGAGAGCAGGAAGUGGCCCCUGGGGGCCAACCAGGGCCCUCUGCCCAAAAAGCCAUGGAUGGACACGCUAAUCUUGAAUAACCAGCACAAGCUGACCAUGCAGAAGAAGAGUCACUAUGGCAACACUAAACUGGAAGUUUGUAAAAUCCCCAGGGACCUAAACAACAUCACAAAACUGAAUGAGCACUUCAGUGCGUUCGGCACUAUUGUUAACAUUCAGGUGGCGUUCGGCGGCGACCCGGAGGCGGCCCUGAUCCGGUACGCCUCCACCGGCGAGGCCCGACGGGCCGUCAGCAGCACCGAGGCAGUCCUGAAGAACCGCUUCAUCCAGGUCCGCUGGCACCGGGACGGCCGCGAACAGGAGCCGCGCGCGCCUCAGGGACAGAGCUACAGCGCCCCCACCGGGCCACCGCAUGCCAGCGUCCACAAGACCACGACGGCUUCUGUGUACCUUCAGAAGACAGCCUACAGUUCUUCCAUCAUGAAGUCGACACCAAAGACAGUUGGAAAAGUGGCAAGAGCGUUUGAAGCUCAAAAAGCCAUGAAGAAGAAACAGGAAGCCCUAAAAUUACAACAGGACAUGACGAGAGUUAAGCAAAGGAUGCUGGAGAAACAGAUAGAAUGUCAGAAGGUUCUGAUAAACAGGCUGGAGCGGACCCGGGCCGUGGGACCGCAGGAGAGGGCCCAGAUCGUGAGGACGCUGAAGGAGCUUUCUGAGAAGAUCGGCCGGCUGAAGGAGGCCGUGAGGUCGGCCUCCGUCUCCACGGCGGGUUCUGCGGGGCCCAGUCGCGAGAUGCCGACCCAGAAGGAGCUGCUGGGUGCCGAGCUCGAUGUUCAGAAGAAGCUCAUCUCUGGAGAAGACUCGACAGACUUAAAGAAGAAACUCGGCCAGUUGCAGGUGGAGGCUGCCCGUUUAGGGCUGGUCCCCGCCGGGGGUAAGGUGUCCUCUACGCAGGACCGUGGCAGGGGACGAGGGCGGGGUGUGGGGGGCCGGGGCGGAGGUCGACACCUGGUGGUGGAUCAUCGGCCGCAAACGCCCACCGUCCUGGGGGUGACCAAUGAGGAGGAGAAGGAGCUGAGGCCUCACUUUGUGAAAUUCGGAGACAUUGAGGAGGUGCAGGAGCACAACACUGCCAUGACUUUCAGGACCCAGGGUGACAUGGAGAUCGGGGAAAACCAAGGUGAAAAGUUCAAAGGUCAGACUCUUCAAAUCACAUGCUACACACCUGAAGUGGCGUCUGAGCCCAUGAACCCAAAGGAGGACACUUCAAAGGAGGAGCCCGUCAGCUCCGUCUUACUUCCUGAUGAAGAUGACGAGGGUGAAGAUGACGAUGAUGAUGAUGAGGAUGAGGAGGACGAGCAUGAGAGCCGUUCAUGGAGAAGAUGAAAGAAUGAUGAUGUUCAGCCUUUGUUUUAUUUAUGAAAAGACUUAUUUUUAUGUACAGGUGUAUUUAAGUGGAAAUUUCCUGAAAACAAGUCUCAGUGUUUGUUUUGAGACUAAAGUAUCUAAAAUGAUAAAUAUCCAAAUGGAUCCUGCUUUACUGGUUAUUGGGG